AUGAGCGCUACGCCUGCUGGUCCCCCCGGCUCCACUCCGACCGCCGCCAGCGGGAGCAACACCCCGAACGGCAGCGCUCCGUCAGCUCUCCGCCGCCCGCCGAAGCCGAAGGCCAACCCCUUGGUCCAGCCGAAGCGCGCCAAAGAUAAGCGCGCGCUGGCGAAAAGGCCUGCUCCGUCUGGUGCAAACGCCGCCGGUGCUCCUGCCAAUGGCGCCGCCGCGCAGCAGAAGGCCGCGCCCUCCAGCAACUUAUAUGAGAACUUUAUGCCGCCUCCGGGCACACAAGUGAAGGCGACGCCGCUUUUCACCACCAAGCGCGCGCUUUUGGAGGGCCUGAGGCACCACAUUGUCAAGUUCCAGUCCAAGAACCCCAUCGAUCCGACCGACCAAGCCGAGUUCACCCGUCCUAUCCGCCUGCAUAGACGCGACGCUGCGCUUGGAAAGUCCGGUGCCGGCGCAGAUUCUGGGGGUGAGGGAGAAGAGAAUGACGAGGAGGUCAAGGAAAGACUGCGGAUAGAAGCUCUGAAGGAAGAAAGGCGCCGGAACCGUGAGGAGAUUCAGGCGCAGAUUGCGCCCAAGUCCAAGGGCAGGACAUUUGUUGAUAACAAGAAGAAAAUCCAGCAGGUCUAUGAGCGUAACGAUACCCCGCAAGCCAUCAAAGCUUCCCGCCUGCGGUACGAGGAAACGCUGCCAUGGCAUUUGGAGGACUUCGACAACAAGAACACCUGGGUUGGUGCCUAUGAGGCUGCUCUUUCGGACUGCCACGUCAUGAUGAUCAAGGAACAAGUCGUCAACCCGCAGACAGGCGAGGUAACGGAAAAGUACCGCAUGAUCCCCAUUGAGAAAUGGUACAAGUUCUCCGCAAAGGACAAAGCCGUUAGCAUGUCGCUGGAGGAAAUCGAGAAGCAGGAAAAGGGCGGUUUUGCUUUGUCUCGCUGGGCUCUCCACCCUCAAGGUGAGACCAAGAAGAGCAACGUUCCCAAGUGGAUGAGAGAGAUGGAGGCCGAGAAGCAGCUCAAGCAAAUGGCAGAGGACAGUGCCAUGAGAUCCAAGGGCCUCUUCCUCCGCAGUGCAGGCCGUGGAGACGAAGAGGAUGUCAAGAAGCGCCGCUCGGACGAUGACGACUGGAUCAAGACCGACGGUGCCCCUGAUGCAGAUAUCAUUGAUUACGACGACAAGGAGGCCUUUGCCGACGACGAGGAGGGCGUCAAUGGUUUGUUUGAAGGCGACGAUGAGACGACAAAGGACGCAGAGGAAAGGAUCAAGCGUGAGCAGUUGUCAGCCAACUUCUUCGCGAACAAAGACGAGAAAGAUGUGUGGGAGCAGGAGGAAGAAGAAGCUUUGGAAGCGGAGCUGAAGAAGAAGUUGGAAAAGAGCUUGCGUAAGAAGAUCGUCAAGCGCGAGAAGAACUAUAACUAUGAUCUGGACGACAGUGACGAGAACCCAUAUUCCGAAGAUAGCGAGUCUGAAGACUCCGAGGUGGAGCGCCAGAAAGAAGAGGAGCGAAAGCGUGAAGAGGAGAAAGCUGCAGCGGAGAAGGGCAAAGGCAAGGCCAACGAACCCGCAGAGAAGUCUGCAUCAGGCACUUCCACGAAGGGCAGCAACACCCCUUCCAAUCGCCCAAAAACUAGCGAUCCACUCAAGCUGUCUUCAUCACAAACUCUUAAGCGGCCCGGCUCUCCGAACCUCUCUGAGCAAAGCGGUAACGAGUCUUCACGUAAGAAGCAGAAGAAGUUCGGUGGAGGUGGUAGUGACAGUGAAGCCACCGACAGCGGAAAGCCGCUAGCGUCUCGGAUCAAGCAAACAGCAAACUCGCAAGCGCCUACCCCUGGCGGGAGCCGUGCUGGCAGUCCUGUUGUGGGUGGUACAGGCAGUCGUGCAGGCAGUCCAGCCGCCGGUGCUGCUGGUGCCAAGGCACGUGCCCCCGCCAAUUUCGGCCCACCUCCGUCUGUCGAGGAGAUCCGCGCUGUCAUUCCUCCCGAGGGUGCCAGCAUGCAACAUUUGAUUUCCAAGUUCAAGGGGCGCUUCAAGCAAGGCAGCCCAAGCCAACACCAGUUUAUUGCUAAUGUCAAGGCCGCCGGUCAAUAUGAUAAGAACACGAAGAUGAUUUUCCGGAAGCCUUGA